CCCUAUUUGAACCUGUUCUACAGCUUAUAAGCUGUUUUUCUUCCAAAUUUGUUACUGUGCUGCAAUGGCUCUGACUAUCUACUAUUCCAGCGUCAGUGGCUCCAGAGAGGUAAAACAGCAACAAACUGAAAUCUUUCAGUAUCUGGACUCUAUGAAAAUGAAAUACAAAGCUUUGGAUAUUGCUGUAAGUAAUGACAUAAAACAGGAAAUGCGUCAGAAGACUGGCAAUCCUACAGCAAUGCCACCUCAGAUCUUUAAUGGAGAAGUCUAUUGUGGGGACUAUGCAAUCUUCUUUCAAGCGCUGGAGGACAGGAAAGCAGAUGAAUUUUUCAAGUUGAGAUCUUCAUAAACUUGGCCCACAUCAGGCAGCCUGAAAAUGUGUUUAAUUAGUGUCUGAAUGUGAGAAUAAUGUUCUUUCAGUGCAAUGUUGCUUGAAAACAACAAUACAAUCAAAUAAAACAUUUGUUCAUUUUUACUAAGCUUCUUCUUCUAAAUCAAGUACUGCAUUUUGUGCAAAUUUUGAGUGAAAUUUACAAUAGGAUACAAUAGAAUAUUUAUGCAUGUUGUUUUUGAACAUUGAACUGCUAUUCAUAUGGUUAUGUGCAUUACUGCAUAUAUUUCUAUAGUAUGGUGGAAGAUAAAAGUUCCUAGACGUCUAAGAUAAAUCACUGCAGCUUCCACCCUGGACAACAGAGUUCAGGUAUAAAUGCCUUCAAAUUUAUGGGAGGGUUAGAAAGGAUGAGGGGCUGAUGGAUUUUUACAAACUUGAAGAAAGGUUUAAGCAAAAAAUGACCAAGAACCGAAUUUCAUAGAAUAGAUUGACAACAUGGAUUUUGAUGCCAUGAACUCUCUGAUGGGCGGGAUGGCUAAUUCUGAAUGGUUGCAUCUUACUGUAUGUUCUUAUGCUCUUCUAAUGUCUUUGUACAGGGGAUAUUUGUAUACUAUAUGUAUGAAAUAAAAAGAGACAGUGUCUGUUGGCA